AUGCUUGAUGGAAGGACAACAGGAGAGCAUAUAGAUGACUCACAAUUGGAAUGUGAGUAUUACAAUGAGUCUGAAUGCAAGAUGAGUGAUGGAAAGAAGAGCUGCAAUGGCACUGAGGUAUGUCCCAUGCCAGGGGCUGGAAAACGGUCCCAUUGCUAUGUUCUGUGGCAGAACUCAACAGGAAAUCCUGAGGUGAAAAUGAAGGGUUGUUGGCUGGACAACGAUGAGUGUUAUGAUCGAUAUGACUGCCAAGGGUACAGGAUAAGAACCAAUGAUUUGGUUUUUUGUUGCUGUGAGGGAGAACUUUGUAAUUCUGAGUUUUCAUAUAAUCCUGAUUCGGCACCAAAUGAGGCCCUUCCCAGUAAAGGAGAGAAGCCUUUCUACUCAAAUUUUGGGCUUCAUAAACGUAUUCAAGGUCCAUUUUACUUUCAGAGGCAAUUAUUUGAUCCUAAUGGGAUGGUCUUUUUUCCAGAGCCAAACACAACAUAUGCAGCUGGUCCAAUGUCAACAACAACCACAAUUGUCCUAUAUGGUGUGAUUGGGCUAGCAGGAGUAUUCUUCCUCCUUAUAGGAGUAUACUUUUUCUACCGCAGGCAGAAGGGACCGCUCUUUACAUCUCUGCCAACAGAUCCAAGCAUGGGUUUGGCCAACCCACCAUCUCCAAUUUGCAGAGGAAUGAGACCCAUUCAGCUUCAAGAGAUAAAGGCCAGAGGUCGUUUUGGUGCUGUCUGGAUUGCCCUUUAUAAAAACCACAAUGUUGCUGUCAAAGUCUUCCCUCUCCAGGACAAGGGAUCAUGGAUGACAGAGCAAGAAGUUUACCAGCUGUCACAGAUGUCCCAUCAAAACAUUUUGGAGUUCAUUGGGGCUGAGAAGAGAGGAGAAGGUUUGCAGACUGAGUACUGGCUCAUCACAGCAUAUUGUCAAAAUGGAUCCCUUUGUGACUUUCUCAAGGGGAACACUGUGACAUACUCGGAGCUGUGUCACAUUACCAAGAGCAUGAUGGCUGGGCUGGCUCACUUACAUGAUGAGAUCCCACCACUCAAGGGAGAAGGUUUUAAGCCCUCCAUUGCCCACCGAGACUUCAAAUCCAAGAAUGUCCUCCUCAAAUCAGAUCUGACAGCCUGCAUUGCUGACUUUGGACUUGCCCUCAUCUUCUACCCCAACCGCAACAUUGGGGAUGUCCAUGGACAGGUGGGGACAAGGCGAUACAUGGCUCCAGAGGUCCUGGAGGGGGCCAUAAACUUCACUCGUGAUGCAUUCCUUCGCAUCGACAUGUAUGCAUGUGGACUUGUCCUUUGGGAGCUUCUCACACGCUGCUCCACUAUUGAGGGUCAGGUGAUGGAGUAUCAACUGCCAUUUGAGGAGGAAGUGGGUCCACAUCCCUCAUUGGAAGAGAUGCAGGAUGCUGUUGUGACCCGCAAAAUCCGACCCUCCAUCCCCGACUCUGCUGCCCCCCACAUGGGUCUCAGCAUAUUGGCUGAAACCAUAGAGGAAUGCUGGGAUGCAGAUGGCGAAGCAAGGAUCUCAGCAUCAUGUGUUCUUGAGCGAAUCCUCCAGAUGAUGCAUCAACCCUCUGCCCCACCCCCACCUUACAAUUCCACCAAGCCUCAGUUGGAAGUGGGGAUCCACUUGCAGCUGAAGUUCCAGGUCGAGGAGAUGCAGCGGGGGAAUACUGACCCG